AUGGAAGCAGAAAAUCGAACGGACAUGGUGAAAGACAAGCUAUCAGAGAAAGAGGGUACGUAUGAAUUCGGCAAUGGAAAACAUGAUGGCUCUGGUUUCGCAUCGUUUAUAACUUUAACUGAGUUUCAUGAUCCUAACAAAGGAUUUUUUGUGAACGAUGUAUGUACUAUCGAGGCUGAAGUUUGUGUUGAGAAUGAUGGUCAUCGACAUCCUAAUGAUAAUCACAUAAUGCCUUUGGUUACAAGAAAUAACAACAGCAACUUAGUGGAUUUCAAGAGUUUAUGCAAAGUACGAAAAGAUUUUGUUCAACUAUUGGAGGAAGCGUGUUCUAAACAUCCGGAACUUGUUAAAGGAGUGAAAAAGAGAAAUUGGAGUGAAAAUUUUACUGAAAGAUGGUUUAUGGCUUUGGGAAGAGUUCUACAUUUUUUAAAGAGUCAUAAAGAUGUAAAGGAUAUGGAUGAUGAUACUUAUGAGGAGCUUCAGGAUUUGUGGGAACAACUUAACUCUUUUGGAUUUGAUGAUUUGACUUGGUUGAAAAAUGGUGUUAAAAAACAUAUGAUGAAAAAAUGA